CGCUCUGUCUCCUUAAAUAUGCCGGUUAUAUAUACCCCAAUCCUUUUCUUUGUUCUUGGACUGUCUCCCCCCAUUCCUUUCUUUCCUUAGUCCAUAAUCUCACUAAUUACUUUUCCAUAUUUUCAAUUGGCACUGCACGUUUUCGUCCUUUCAUAUUCAUCGAUUUUCGUUGUCGUUUCGUCCCUGUAAGUUUCUUUGUUUUCGCUUAGCACUAGCAUUCAUCCAAAUUACUUGUCGGCGCUUACGAUUCUUUGACAUUUCUUUUUAUUUUACGGGAUCCUUUUCUAUUGUCAGAGUAUUUCUUAGUGUGUCGUGUCCAACUGAUUGUGUGUGAAAACUAUUAGUGUUUCAUCUGUCUGUGUACUAUCGUCGCGUUCAUACUAUUUGUUUCUUUGUAAGGGUUAAUUUCUAUAUUCAUCACCUUUUAUUGUUCUUUUAGGUGGCUUAGUAUUCAAUUGGUUUCAAUAGAACCUUUUCUUGUCAAUCUUUAAAACUAAUUGCAAAAUCUACCGUUUACCGCUUAUACCUUAUUACGGUUUUUCUUUCCUUUUGCUUGAAUUUGUAAUCGGUUCAUGUUCAUUUAAACACAUUUAAUUUUAUAUUUCUUGCUAUUUGUUUACUUUUGUUUUCUUGGUUUCUUAGAUUCUUGUCGUUUUUUUCCUUCUUUUUUUGGUCUUUAGAUCGAAUUUCUCUCUUUUUCUCUCUUCUCUUUCUCUUCCGUGUGUGUGUACUAGGAUAUCCCACCGUCUUUUUUUUUUAUCUUUUGCUGACUGUGCACCUGGUUGUAUCUGUGUACAAUUUUGACCUUUUGUGAUUUUUCGUAUUUUUGUAGGAAUUUUGGGUAGAGAAUUGCUAUCCUCCCAUUCGAUUUUUUAAUCAAUCUGCUGCGCAUCGUUUUUAGAUUCUGCAUACCCUUCUUUUAUUCAUUGGAUAUCCUCAUUUCUGCUAUCGCUUUGGGCUAGUGUUUGAUAUCACUACUAAAUUUUUACUCCUUUUCUUCCGAACUUUCGACAUAAGGAGCUUUGCGCCUUUUUUGUUUGAUUCGACAGUCGUUUUCAUUUUGUUUGAAUUUAUUAUCAUAUCCAUAUUCUACGUGGUGAAAGUUUUCUCGGUUUGUGAAUAACUUUACCUUAACUUUAUUGGUACAAUGAGCUCUCCCCCACCUACUAAUUCAAAAAGCAGUUCGAUUAAGCGACCCUUGAACAGCUUCAUGCUGUAUAGACGUGAUCGCCAAUUGGAGAUUCCCACGACUAACCAUCAGAGUAUUUCUCGAAUAAUAGGCGAAUUGUGGAGAAACGAAAGUGCCCAGGUAAAGCGUUAUUACGCUGAGCUAUCGGCCUUGGAACGGCAAAAGCACAUGCUUCAAAACCCCGAAUACAAAUAUACGCCAAAGAAACGUGCUUGCCGUAGGUCUAAAAGGAAACCCAGUAGUACACGUUCUCGUCCUCAAACAGAUCUAAGUAUCCUACAACAAAUUUCCACAUAUUCUGCUUCUAGCGAGCAUACUGCUUCUGUUUUGUCUCGUGUGAACGAAAGCCGUCUUGCUGCGGGAACUGUUGACAAGAACAUUCCGGUUGAUUUGGCACAACAAGUUUACAAAUUGGCAGACUAUAACAUUAAUGUCCAUGCGGCGGACGAUUCCGAUAACGCUUCGACUUCUACGCUUUCGUCACCCAUGGUUCGAAACUUAUCGUUACCUUCCUCGUUACCCACUGCCUCUUCCAGUAUUGUCCAGAAUUCUGCUGAACCUUUGCAAGAUACCCUCACUUUCCACAGACACCCAUUCCCCUUGGCGCGAACAAAGUCUCUAUUCCAACCUCCUACAGAGGCGUGGUUUCCCAAUGUUGCACCUCCUUUGAAGCGAUCCUUGUCUAUCAAUGACUCAAAGGAUGCGUCUCUUUUACUGUCUAAUUCGUCAGACUCUAUCCCAGACGCUGAUGAUGCUUCCAGAGAUUUUUUGGCAUCAGGUGAUUCUUAUUCUAUGCAACAUCCCAGGUCCGAAAAUCCCGCUUGUGACCAGCUAGUUAUUGAAUCAUUGCAAGGAGCGAGAAGGCCUUCCAUGGUGGAUGAAGUUGAUUCUAGUCCCAAAACGCCUCCUCCUACAAACUUGCAUGAACCAAGGAUUGAAACAGGUAGCUUUGAGACGCCCUCUAGCAUUCGAAAUUUUGGUGUCUCAUCUGUCGGUACAGACAAUGAAGACACCUAUGGUACUCCAUAUUAUACUCCGGGACCAAAUGCAAGCCGUAUGAAUAGUGGUGCAUCUGGUUACUUUUCAUCUCCAACCUCUAGGUAUUCUAUCCUUGAUCCAUUUCAGACACCUCAGUAUGAUAAUGUUGUCAGAGAAAAGUCGUAUUUAGAUGUUGAACCCUUAAUGGGAGACUUAUUCUCAACAAAUACUUUGGACACUCAGGAGUUAAACGAUCUUUUUACUCAAAUCCCAAAUCAUAACUCCACUCAGGAAACACGAGAUGAGUUUUCGGAUUUGACUCCUUCCUUACUGGAGCCUUGGUUGCCCAGUGGGAAGUAAUAAUAAUAUCUACUCUGCGCAUAUGACCGAUUUAUUUAUGAAUGAUCCUAAUUAUUUGAUUUUUAUGUACUAUAAUUCUGAUUUUGAAAAAAAAAUGCGCAUAUACGAUUCCAAAGUCGAUUGCAUGAUCAUGUAUUAAUGCUGAGUGACUUUAAUACUAAUAUUAAUUCAAUUACAAGAUAUGGAAGUGUUUCUGAUAUCGUUUUCUUUUUUUCCCUUGGGACUGACCCUUUAUGUUCUUUUAAUACUUUUUUCUAUCUGUGAAACCAUAAACAAGGCAACGCUAUGGUUCUUUUUAUUCAGAUUGUUCUCCGUUAAUUUUAUACAUAAUUUUAUUUGUGUAAUUGAACUUGUUGGGGUUGUUCACGUAUACAUGCUGGUGAACAAGCGCUGUAAGAGGCCCAUGGCCUAUCCACGAUGCGUUUGAUGAAACUUUACUAAUAUUAAUUAUUUUUAAUAUGCACGCAGUAUGUACAAUAUACGAAUCUUUAAUGAAUGAAUGGAAUGAUUUGACUACGCAA